AAAAUCUAAGAAUAUUACCAAGAAACAUGAAUAUUUAAAGUCUUCCUCAGUUAUAGGAAGUGGCACUGUUAAUGGGAAAUGGCACUGUAUAUGGGAGUGGAAGUUUACGGGGAGUGGCAACGUAUGUGGGAAUGGCACUGUUUAUGGGAGUGGCAUUGUGUAUGGGAAGUGGCACUGUAUGGGAGUGGCACUGUAUGGGAUUGGCACUGUUUAUAGGGCGUAGCACUGUAUAUGGAGAGUGGCACUGUUUAUAUGGAGUGGCACUUUAUGAGGAAUGGGACUGUUUAUGGGGAGUGGCACUGCUUAUAAGGAGUGACACUGUUUAUGAGGAUUGGCACAGUACAUGGGGAAUGGUUGUUUUUGUGGAAAGUGGCACUGUUUGGAAUGAUGGCAUUGUACAUAGAAGGGUGUGGCACUUGACGUGGAAGGGAUGAUACUGUACAUGUGUUGGAUGGCACUGUACAAGGGAUAUAAGGUGCUAUACUUGGCAGUGGUGGUAUUGUGUAUAUGGGAGGGGAUGACAGUAUACACAGAAGGGAUGGCACUUCAUACACUCUCAUGUAUACUUUGCCCUGUCUAGUUAUACAUGCGUAGGGGUCUCGGGCGCGAGGAGCAGCACACGCACACAUGCACGCACGCAACACAAGUGCCGCGCCCACGCCUGUGAUUGGCUGCAGAGAUCCUGGUGCCAGAUGUUCGAGGCCGCGUGUCCGGACCACUCACUACUGCGGAGUAUGUCACCCCUUGGAGUCGUGUUUUCCCGCUUUUCAUUGACGCCGCCGCCCGAACCGAUCUCAAGGCCGUAGGUGUUUUGCUCCCCUGCGAGGUGCGCCAGGACACGGGUAGGGCGCGCUGGACUGCCUCUCCCCGGCCUCACUUCGCCUUCCGCUUUACAACCUUAUUUAAGAACGAAUAACUUUUCAGCAUUUUCAGGAGAUCGUAUUUGCGGAGACAAAUAGACAGAAGGAGGGAAGAGGAAGGGGAACAGAGAAGAGAAGGACAGUUUUUGUUGCACAUAUGACAACUGAAGCCUAAAUAGUCAACGAGGUCGAAUCGGAAUUUCAUGAGAGACUCUCGACUGAUACAGAGUUGAGACCGAGACCGCACUCCCCCCCUCCGCCUCUUGCCUCUCUCGUCCUCCCAUCAGUGCUCUGUGAGCGGUGGACGGGGAAGGAUUGUUGCGCGCUCCGCCUGUCUCUAAGAGUGAAUCCCAGCAACUAGCGCCUUAAAUAUAGUUUUCCUUUGAGGGACUGGCCGUGAGUGGGUCGUUGGAGAGCGAGAUCGAGGCUUCGCGAGUGCCAGUGACCGCUGAGACCCGAAAAAUCAAGUGUCAGGAAGUUAGACAUCGAGGAUUCACGUGGCUGUGUUGUUGUUAGAGUGUGUGGAUGUGUGUGUUUGUGUGAGUGUGUGAGUGUGUGUGUGUUGCAGCAGCCAGCCAGAGUCCUGCCACCCCAGACGACCUUCGAUAGCUUCCCCCUAUCUCCCCUUCUGCUGGUGGUGCUGCUGCUCUUCCUGCUGGCCUCGCACCCCCUGCUGUCGCUGCUGCUGCUGCUGCUGUUGACCACAAGGCACCAGCCACUGACCAGUUUCAGGUGCGAGCGAUUUGACAGGUGUCGUGCCACCCAUCUACGUUAGAAUGAUGCCAAGGUGUAGGUAGCGGCUCCCUUCCCCGCCCACCACCAUGAAGGGGGACACGCGGGGGCCCCCUCCUGCCCCUCAUAGGACACCCCCCUUCCUGCCUCAGCUUGUGGGGGGACGCUCUUUGCUGGCCCCCGUCCUCCUGCUGUUGCUGCUCGUGGUGUACAGCUGCUGCCUCCUCCCUGCGCGGGCUGACCACUGCAUGGGGCUGGCCAAGAAUGGAAAGUCCUUACCACCACGCCGCUACCUGUACCAUCCCUGGAGGCAGCAGGAGCUCCCUAUCAAGCUGGACACUUCCGAGCGCCUCUCUCACCAGCUGGCCACCGCCCUCACCAAGAUCCUUCUGCAGGAGGGCCUGGGCUACCAGAACGUCACCAUCACACAGUACCCCAGCACCUUCGAUCACAACCGGGUGCUGGGCCGCCUCAAGUCUCACUCACAAAAUGAAAUCCCUGAGGUGAUGCUCAACAUGGAGGUUUGGAUCCCCCCCACAGUCAGUGACCUCAACAUCACUGCAGAGAGUGACGGUGGGAAGCACGCAUCAGGAGGAAGGUUUGGCUGGUUUGUGUCCAAGAACAGCUCCACCCAGCCAGGCAUCAUCACAGACCACUGGCGGUCCUUCCAGCAGGAUGAGGUGGCAGAGAUCUUCUCCCUCCUGCCACAAGAGGAGUAUGACCUCCGCCACAACUACACUGUCGACACCAUCCACAGCACCCCCUCACAGAAAAGGUACUGGUGUGAAGAGGAGUAUUGCAACGAGGGCGUGUUCACCCCCCCACUGUGUGCCGGUCGUAAAUGUGCCACGCUCCUCAUUGGCAACCACAGUGACUACAACGAAUUCCUGAAGGAGCAAGUAGAGAAAGAGAGACUCCUCGUGCAGCUUGCCUGGGUGGGGCCAAACCUUACACCACAGUUCCUUUGCUUCUUUAGGGGAGAGAAGCCCAUCAUGUUCUUUGACUGGUGGCCUAACUCCCUCUCUAAUUUAGAUAACUUCAUGCCUAUAUCUUUCCCAUCUUGCUACAGUUCCUAUAGUGUCAACCCUUACCUCUGCAACUAUGAGCUACAUGCCCUGAAGAAGUACAUGUGGAGGAAACUCCGGAAGUCUGCCAAGCCAGUCGUUGAGGCCGUCAGACGGUUCCUCCUGAGUGAGCAGCACUACCGGGAGCUGAUUGGUAACUUCACUGCCCGCACUCAAAACUGCUCCAGCAACACCACAGCACUGCAGGUGCAUAACCAGAGCCAGUUGGUGGAUGAGGUUGCCUGUGAUUGGCUGAAGGCUCAUGGAAAGUCUGUGUGGUACGAGUGGCUGCCUGUGGAGCACGACGCCAAGACUGUCCUCUGGAUAGGCGGCAUCUUCCCCAUGAGCAAUGAAAGCAAUGUUGGAUUUUACCGCAAGUCCCUCGUCAAUGCGGCUCAGCUGGCAUACAAGCGGAUCAACAACAAUUCAGACAUCCUGCGGGAUUAUGAGAUAAAGGUGAUCAACCUGAAUGGAGGCUGUCGGCGGGAGACUGUGCUGACAGCCUUCAUGCACCACAUCCGCAAGGAGUCUGCUGACGUGGACUUCGCACAGAUGAUUGGCAUUCUUGGCCCGGCAUGUUCUGACACCCUGGAGACCCUGGUGGGCGUGGCCGAGACCUUCAAGACAGUUGUGAUGUCGUACAGCGCUGAGGGAGCUAUCUUCAACUACUCCAAAUAUCCAUACUUCUUCAGAACCAUCCCAGAAAACAAAAUAUAUGGAACGGUGUACAAGAAAUUAUUCCAACAAUUACAGUGGAAGCAGGUGGGAGCCCUAACAGAAGACAGCAACAAGUACAGUGAGUACCUGUCAGACCUACUGUACAAUGUGACAGACAAGCUGAAAGUUACCAACGUGAAGAUGAAAACCAGUGGUGAUAUAGAAGAAAGACUCAAAAAAUUGCAGACCCACAAGAUUAUCAUUGGUGACUUUUAUGCCAACAAGGCACGGGAAGUUCUUUGUGAGGCUUACCGCCUCAACAUGACAGCUGAGUAUGGCUAUGUCUGGUUCCUCCCUCGCUGGUUUAACACAAACUGGUACAACACAAGCAUAUACAGUGGUAAGGACCGCAAGAGGCUCCCAUGUACCACUACACAGAUGCUGGAGGCCAUUGAUCGCCACAUGAGUCUCGGCUUUGCCUACUAUGCACCUGACAAUGCCACCAGCUACGAGAACUUGACUGUUGCAGAGUGGCGGGAAGAGUACAGGCGCGAAAUGAACAACACCCCUCCAGAUUACGCUGGCUACACCUACGAUGCUGUGUGGGCAUAUGCACUUGCCCUUGAUAAACUGCUCAAGGAGGACCGGACACACGUCUCCAACUUUCACACCUUCCGGACUGUGGAGAGGUUCUCUGAGAUCAUCUCCAAGACCAGCUUCAGUGGCGUGUCGGGCAUGAUCAACUUCCGCAAGAACUCCUCAGACCCCCACAACAACAUCUCAGACACACAGCUGGUGAACAUCAUGCAGUUUGUUGUUGAUGAUGAUAAGAAGGGAGGCUCCUAUGUCACUGUGGGAACCUUCAAUCCUCAAGGAUCCAAGCUUGACCUUGACCUGGGUGACCUGAGAUUUUUGCAAGGAAUCCCCAAAGAUGGCUUGGUUGAGGACACCUGCCUGUUUGAGACAUUCAGCCGGUGGUUGAAUGUGGAGUGUGACCAGGCCAUCAUCAUCGUCAUGGUGCUGAUCUUUGUGGUCUUUGCAUUCAUCCUCAUUGCCCUCUUCAUUGUCUACAAAAGAAGGUUCGAAAAGAUGAUCCCUGAGUCCGGGUGGUCUAUUGGAGAACUCAUGCCCCUUGAUGAGUGGGAGUUGCCACGGGAGAAGGUGGUCAUCAACCGCACCAUCGGAGAAGGAGCGUUUGGCACAGUGUUUGGAGGUGAAUGUCAGUUUGCUGACAACUCCCCCUGGCUGGCAGUGGCUGUCAAGACCCUCAAGGUUGGUUCCACUGUGGAAGAGAAGCUGGACUUCCUGGGUGAGGCAGAGAUGAUGAAGAGAUUCAAUCACAGGAAUAUUGUGCAGCUGUUGGGACUCUGCACUCAUCAGGAGCCCAUCUAUAUGGUCAUGGAAUUCAUGUUGUAUGGUGACCUCAAAACAUACUUGUUGGCCCGUCGUCACUUGGUGUCUGACAGGACAGUGCACUCAGAGGAGGAUGAGAUCAACAGCAAGCGCCUCACUUCCAUGGCCCUUGAUGUCUGCUGUGCUCUUGCUUACCUGGCAGAGCUGAAAUAUGUGCACAGGGAUGUUGCAUGCAGGAACUGUCUAGUGAGUGCUGAGCGGGUGGUCAAACUCUCCGACUUUGGCAUGACUCGACCAAUGUACGAGAGCGACUACUACAGGUUUAACAGGAGAGGUAUGCUGCCAGUCCGGUGGAUGUCUCCUGAGAGUCUGGAAGAUGGCAUCUUUACAAGCAGCAGUGACAUGUGGUCCUAUGGGGUGCUGCUUUAUGAGAUCAUUACCUUCGGAAGCUUUCCAUUCCAGGGCAUGUCUAAUAACCAGGUGUUGGAGCAUGUGCGCAGUGGCAACACCAUCUCCCUUCCCAAGAGUGUGAAGCCACAGCUAGAGCGGCUGCUGUUGAGUUGCUGGAGCAUGAACCCUCAGCACCGGCCAACCUUCACUGAGAUGGGCGAGACACUCAACAUGUGGCCCCGUCUCAUCACUCCCUGCCUGGAGCUGCCCACUGCUGCCAUCCAAAUCAAUGACACAGACUCAGUAGAUUUAGCGUUGCCCACCGACCAGCCUUGCCGCCGCAGCUCUGCUCCAAACACACGCCUUCCCACCACACGGCCACGUCUUGCUGACGCCGAUUCAUGUACCAACAAUAACGCCACACCCAACUGUGUGCUACAGAGCCGCCCAGGGAACACACAGGCCUCAAACCUCUUUGGCUCCUUUAACUGGAACCAUGUGCCUCAGGAGAAUGGUGGUGGACCUUCAAAGGAGCCACUACUGCCCCAGAAUGGCGAGGCAUAUGUGACGCGAUAUGUGUGUCUCCAGCGCACCAAAUCUGGAGAGAACAGUGAGCUUGAGUCACCCUCCAGCAUGACAGCUGUCUGACUCAGCCCAUUUCCUGGCACUUGGGUGCUAACCAGUGCUGUGUGAAAAUCUGCGAUACCAGUGAUUGCGCUGCUGUGGCUGGAAUGUGUAUGUUUGUCAGAAUAUUACCAGCAAACUAUGAACACUUUAAUACUCAGGACCAGUGCUAAGGGUAUUAGGGAGUGUUAGCAGAAAUAGUUUCCAAGGGUUCACUGCCCAGACUCAGAGCACUACAGACCUCAUUUUCCCUUCAAGGGAGAACUUAAGAUGCAUUAAUAUACUUGCCACACCAGACACUCCUCAGUGUAAAAAAGCAAGGAUGUGGCAGCCAUUAUACGUAUCAAAGCCAGUAGAUGUAAGUAGAGUUCCCUUCACCUUGUGCAUGUCUGCACAGAAAAUAAGGCAGAUUAGUCAUUUAUAAGUGAAAAUGUAUUGUGCAAUUUUUAUAGUUUAUCUGCUUUACCAGAUGUGUGAACUAUUAAAAAUAGUUCUUUAUAUAUUGCUGUGUGUAUAUCAGAGAUAUUUAUGGUGUGAUAAAAGUGGUGGCGUACAUGUGUACGUGAAGAGAGACCAAUAUCAGAAUGCUAGCGAAUAUUAGAGACAAGAUCUGAUGUUGCCAGAUAAGACAGUGUUGUGGCAACUUUGUGUUCACAUGCGGCAAUGAAGGCUUGAUGCUUUGCAUGUUGGCCUCCAAAUUUAUUCAUAAAGUCAAGGCUAGAGUGGAAGUGUAACUUUAGUCUAAAUGUUCGAUAAUGGUGAGGGUUGUGUGCCACUCCACACAUCUCGUCCAUCAUAGUCUUUGAUUCUGGUCAUACACAGGUCAUGGGAGUCGUUUCAUAAUUACCAAGUCGGAAUUGUUAAAAUUAUAGGCAAAUCCAGUCAAUCGCAGGAUGAAGGGCUUUAGCAGAUCCUGAUUUAAUUGUUCUUACCGUGAGGUGCCAAACAUGUACAAAUUACAACUCUAGUGUUGAGUAACUCCUAGCCUCAUCUGUAUAGUUCCUGAUCACCUGCCUCAAGAGGGAGAUGUCAUUAUUUUUAGGGGACAAACACAACUUUCUUUGCUCAGACAUAUAAAUUAUGUGUAGAAACAAAUUUGGAUAGAAUUUAGAGUUUGAAAAGUUUAGAAUAUAUUAGUUUUAUCAAGAUUUUAUACACAUGACUUAUUUUGCUCAUAAGAUUGAGAAUUAUCGACUAUGAAAGCAACUAAUAUUACAGAAGUCUGCAAUUCCAAUUUAUUUUUGUAAGCAGUAUAUCAUUGUCCAUCCAAGGUGUGUAUGGGUGACAUGGGGGCUGCAGCCCUGCCUCAGCCGUGCACAUGCAGCAGCCAGGAGGGUAGAGUGAGGAGUAGGAGUAAAGAUAUAUUUAUUACUUACACAUGAGACAAACAAUGUAGAUAGUAAGAGGGAAAGUGAAGUGAGGUCUCCCUGCUGGUGCUGAGGCAUUGCUGAGUCAGGUAGAGCACCUUCACCCCCAAAAAAUACACUGUUAUCAGUAACCUAAAGGUGUUGAUAGCAUGAUGAUUAUUGUAUAUGUAGGUGGUGUACAUAAGGGCCAGAUACACACAUAUGGGAAUUUAUUUGCUCAUUGGGAUGGUUGUGACUGAGCUGUGUGUGUGUGUGUGUGUGUGUGUGUGUGUGUGUGUGUGUGUGUGUGCGUGUGUGUGUAGAUGUGCAUGUGUGUUUGUGUCUGUCUGACUGGCCGCUGGUCGUGGUAAAUAAUGUUAUGUGUCACCUCAUUCAUCACUAUUUAAUGGAUAUUUUUAUGACAGCACAUGCGAUGUAAAGUGACCUAUGUGAGUGGAUGACUUGCGUAUAAUGAAUAAUAAAAUAUGUUCAACUGUU